AUGAGCUCGUUUGAAGCCCUAGUGGGAGGAACCCUCUUUGCAUCCCAAUCGGCUCAAAAAAACACCACACCGAGAAAAGAUGGUCGCAAAAUUCCCCCAAUAUCCUUGCCUAUUUUCAACGAGUCUUCCAGGAGUGAUCUGACAAGAUCAGAAAAACUCACUGUGGUCAAUCUCGACAAACAUGGAAGAAUUUUGGAAAGGCAGACCACCAGGAUUGAACAGGAACAGCUUCUAAAAGAGUUGGAAGCUCCCAGGAUGCAGUCUGCAGAUGCUUCUUCCACAAUGGCAUGUACUAGCGGUAUCAGUGCGCAAACUGCUAUCCUGAAUGAAUCCAGAGAAUCUGUCUGCUCAGCAGUCUCAACUGCUUCUAGCAAUUGGUCUUACGACUCUCAUAAAGCCAUGAUGAUGAAUAAGGAUCAAAUCCUGCACAAUUGGAUGAGGAUGGGUUGUGGCAGUGCAGAGACGGAGUCAGAGGAGGAAAAAAAACCUUCUGUUAACAGAGAGCAGAAGGAGAGGUCCCGGGCCAUUGGCCGUGGAAUGGUCAAAACAUGUAAUAAGGAGCUGAGGCGACUGUUCAAGCAUAUGGGAGGUAAAGAGAAAAGUCCAAAAGAAAAGCCCGGAUCUCUUGAACUUGAUCGAGAAUUGAACGAAGCCGUAAUGAAGAAGAUCAACGACAUCAUGAGAUGUGAGGAUCUGAUGAUGAAGAUGGCAAACCUUUGA